UCUUAAAAUUCCUAAAUCAAUCGUGUCUUUUGGGUGUGCCCUAAGUACCGAAAAAUUCAAUAGAUUCAGAAACUCCGGCGAAGGGCAGCACGACGCCGUUUAAGAGCUGCGUCUACAACAGUGGCAGGGCGCGUUCAGGUUCCGCACAUCACGCCACACCACAAGCAACAACAACACUUCACGCUGUUCUUCAAUUUAACACGGCACCGCAGAAGAAAAAAAAAGCUUAUUUUGUUUCACUGCUUGUAGCCUUUGGAUAUGGUGAUGGAUUUUGAAUCAAAUUAUGAUAUUGCCGCCUCUGCUCUAUUCAUUCAUACUCACAACUUCAAUAGAGUUGCCUUACAAUUUCCAGAUAAUCUUCUAAAAGAUUCAACAAGAGUGGUCACUGCUCUGCGCAAGAGACUUCAAUCAUUGAAAAAAAUUGAUGUCUCAGAAAGUGGGUACGAGGCAGACGUAGGAUUGUUUGUGAUGGCAGACACGGCGUAUGGCAGCUGCUGUGUUGAUGAAGUUGGAGCAUCACAUAUUAAUGUUGAUUGUGUCAUACAUUAUGGACAUACAUGUUUUAGUCCGACAACAACUCUGCCAUCCUUUUUUGUUUUUGGGAAGGCUUCCAUUUGCGUAGCUGAUUGCGUUGAAAGUAUGUCAAAAUAUGCUCUGACAAACAGUAAGCCUAUCAUGGUCCUUUUUGGGCUGGAAUAUGCACAUUCAAUGCAACAAAUUAAAGAAGCACUGUUAGAAUCAUCAAUGUCAUGCAGAAUUGACCCUAAGCCAGAAGUUCACUUUGCUGAUGUUCCAUCUUCAGUUAUGUUUCCAUCAAAAGAUAUUAAAAAGAUAAAAGGGCUCCAAGAACUAGCUUGUGGUUGCAAUGGAGAAAGUGGCACUACGUAUAGCAUUGGGGGAUUAACUUGGAAAUUACCUCAAGGACAAAGCAUGGAUGACUACUUGCUCUUUUGGAUUGGACUUGAUGAUUCAGCUUUUGCUAAUGUUGUGCUCACAUUCAAUACUUGUGAAAUAGUCAGAUAUUAUGCAAAUGAAAAUCAAAUGGUGACAGACUUGUUUCAACAAAGGAGGAUUCUUAAACGUAGAUAUUACCUUGUGGAGAGAGCUAAGGAUGCUAAUAUUGUUGGGAUUUUAGUUGGAACUCUUGGUGUUGCUGGUUAUCUUCACAUAAUCAAUCAAAUGAAGGAGCUCAUAACUGGAGCAGGCAAGAAGGCCUAUACUUUGGUUAUGGGAAAGCCAAACCCAGCUAAACUUGCUAACUUUCCUGAGUGUGAUGUUUUUAUAUAUGUUUCUUGUGCCCAAACUGCUCUACUGGAUAGCAAAGAGUAUCUAGCUCCAGUUAUUACUCCCUUUGAAGCAAUGAUAGCUUUCAAUAGGGGAAGCCAGUGGACAGGAGCCUAUGUAAUGGAAUUUCGAGAUCUAAUUAAUUUGCCUCAAAUGGAAGCUGGAGACCAAGGGGAAGAAGAAGCACGGUUCUCAUUCUUGAAGGGUGGAUACAUUGAAGAUUUUGAAAAUCAAGAAAAUGUUGAGGAAGAAAGAGAAGCCCUUGCUUUGGUAAAUGCAACAGAGAAGGCACUGCAGUUGCGGAAUAACUCUAAUGCUCUAAUGAAAGGAAAUGCUAAAUCAGGAGCAGAGUUUUUAGCUAAUCGAUCUUAUCAGGGGCUGACUAUGCCCAGUGAGAACACCUCCCCAGAGCCAUACCUCAUAGGAAGAAGAGGAAGAGCAUCUGGGUACGAGGAUGAGAACAACAAACAGACAUAAACUGUGAUUUUUUUGUUUAGAUUAAGGUCAGAGAUUGUUGUUCUUUCAUAUCAUUUAUCUUUUCAUUGAUAUCUUCAAUGAAUUUUAUUUGAAUUCUGUGAGGAGAACUUAAAUUAUACAAGUUGUUUGACAGAA